AUGGUUGCACGACCGAUGGAUAUAAUUUUUGACAGCAAUUCACAGGUGACCCUCACUACCCUGGACCUCGGAUACAGCCAUAUUGGAAGGCACGGAGCAAAAUAUUUGGUUGAUGCCUUACAAAAUAACCAGACACUUACGACACUAUGUCUUAGAUACAAUGAAUUGGAAGCCGUUGGUACCGAAUAUAUAGCUGAUCUCUUACGAAACAAUACGACACUGAUCACGUUGGAUAUUGGAGAUAAUAGAAUCAAAAGUCAAGGAGCAAAAUAUUUAGCAGAUGCCUUAAGAACCAACAAGGUGCCUUUUAUUCCUAUUUAUUCUGUCUUAUAUGCAUCUACUCGUACCGACACAGACACUCAUGGUACUAGAUGUCAAGCGGAACAGCCUGGAAGACGAAGGAGUGCAACAUCUCACCGAUGUCCUCAAAAUCAACAUGGUUUGCUUUCAUUCUCAUUUCAUCUCUAUCCUAUUCUUUUCCUCCUAUACACACAGACACUCACAUCAUUAGACCUCAGAUCUAAUAGAAUCAGUAUUCGUGGAGCUCAAUAUGUAGCUGACACUUUACGAAAUAAUACG